UCUCGCGCCAGUCGAGCCACGCGCACUCUCCUGUCUGAUAUCUUAGGCUCGCUGGAGAACCACCCUAAGAUUCAGGAGGCGACGAAACAGUUGUUAUCAUUGUGAGGGUGGCGACCCUUGUUUGUCUGCCGCCAAGGGUGGCGGUGGUAGAAGCGCGUGGCGUUCCAAUUUCCGCGAGCUUGAAGAAGACGCGAAACGAACCGCCCUCUUCGGACGCGGAGUUCGGAAGACCACCCCCACUUCUUCCCCCUCUUGAGCAAGCCCUGCGCGAGAGCGCGCGCGCGCGCGCGCGCGAGCGCAUACCUCCCUCUUCGUCGCGGGUGCUUAGACAGCCUCGAGAACCGAAGACACACGGGUACCGAGUUUCACGGGUGGAGAACCCGCGCGUAUCGUCUCGAAACAACGAGGAUUCGUCGGAACGACAGUUUUCGAGUACCGCGAUAACACCACGCAGAAAACUACCUACCUGUCGCUACUCUGGCGCAUAUUUAAUAGGGGACCUUCAUUCAAGUCUACGCAGUGCCGUUAUUGCAAAACUGUUUACUACAGAACUGUCACCUUUCGACCCCUCGAGAGAACAAUCCUCCUGUCAUGACGAAAUAGGCAUUCUAAUCCAACUUUGUGAUAAUCUUUGAUGAAAAAAUUACAUCGAGAAUAGUGCGCCAUGAAAUUCGGCCGCCAGGACAAAAAUCAAUGGUGGCUGGUUGGAAGGCUUGGUAAUCGUUCGGGUUGACAAGAUCAUGAGGAAUCGAUCGAGAAUGCCGAAUGAUCUCUUGAAUGCUCCCCAGAAUCCGAGGAUUUCAAGUGACGGUGUUCAAGGUGGCACGGGAAGUGUUCGAUGAGGGUGGAAGUGAUCUCGGUGGGAGAUUUCGAGGAGGAAGAAAUCUGACACGUGCUUCGUAUUCCUCGCGAAUUAGGACUCCCCUUAAAAGUCUUAGACAGCCUCGUGACAAGGAUUGGUCAGUGAUAAUCUCGAAGACUCGAAUCUGGAUCGUUCGGUGUGAGUGAUCGCAGAGAUUCCGCGAGUUUGGUGCGCGAGCGACAUUGAAUUGUCACGUUUUCCAAGUGAGCGAACUGGAGCCGAUAGUCGGGGGUGAAUUAGUGUGGGUAAUCGCGAUACUGGUUCGCGAAUCUCAUCGACGAAACGCACGUCAGAACUAUGGUGAUGUUGACGGGAGUGAUUCGCGGCAGGAUCGGAGAUACCAACUAGAGAGCAAGAGGAUGCGGUGAGCAGCCGGCUGAUCCGUGAGGGGUUCGAGAUGUCCGCCGUAACCAGCCCGUAUGGCCCCGCGGAGAUGCUUUCCGACUCGGUCUACAACUACGCGACGACCCGACGGGGCGCCACCGAUCAGGACAGCGACUCCCAGUACGAGGCCCAGGCCCAGUUGCAGAUCACCAGCAGCAUCCAGAGCAAGCCGCGGAACAAGCGAAAAAAUUUCAAGCCCAUAAGCAGCCGGAUGGCGGAGGUAUCCGACGAAUCCGAGAGAGACGACGACGAACCGGAGGUCGUGGAGGAGAGUUCCAGCGAGAUCCUCGAGUACGAAAGGAAAACGAUGUUGCUGCCGGCCGAGGAGAGGUCGAAGCAACGAUUAAACAAUAACGAGGCCAGUCCAAUGGAUCUCUCGGUCGCCACCAGACCGCCGUCCUCCGAGGCCGACGACGAUAGCGCGGACUCUCUCAGGCAUAAGUUCAUUCUCGAGCAGCUGAGGUCGCAGAAGUUUUACUCCCCCGGUACAGAGGCGAGGAGUCCAAACUCCGAUUCAUCGGAUAGAAGCGGGAGCGGCGUCCUGGAUGCGGAGUCGUCUCGCUUGGACGACCAGGACACCCAAUUCGAAGAUGAACGGGGCAACGACGUCGACGGCGAAGUUGAGAUUGAAGAGCGGAAGCCCUUCGAGGGCAUGAGAGAGUACGCGGAGUCGACGAUGCAAGAACUUCUGGCAAUCUACGGGCUGGCAGGGGGCGAACUUGCGAAAUCGGUCAGCAGGCAACUACCGCCCACGUUUCUCAACCCGAAUGUUGGCCAGCAAGCUCAAGGAAAAAUGAAGGUAAAAGAGGAGAAGGACGCCUCGUCGAUGGCGCCAGGAAGUCCACCCACGCCUCCGCACACUCCGCAAAGUCCGCAACGCGCGAUUCCGUCUCUUGGCAAUCUGUCGCAAUCCUGUCAAACAUCAAACGCAAACUCGCCGAAUCUGCAGCAGCAGCAGCAAUCGCAGCAGCAUCAAUCGCAGGAGCAACAGCAACAGCACCCCAUACAUGCCAUGGCUAAUUCACCGUUGAGUCAAUUACUGGUGCAAAAUCCGGCAUUGGCGCAACUGCUGCAACAAAAUCCUGCGAUUUUGUCGCAGAAUCCGCAAUUGGCGCAGCUGCUACAGCAGAAUCUGCAGGCUCAGAUGGGCAGCGUACUCUUUCAAAAUGUAAGGCGGGAAGAGUCCGAGGAAUCCAGAGUACCGCCGACAAUAGCGAGCCUGGCGGCGAUGAAGGUGGAGGCAGCUGACCCGAAGGUUUCCGCCUUGCUCAGGCAGAGCAUGUCUCCGGUAGCGGAUUCUCUGAUGAGCGGUUCCAAGACCUCGGUGUCCCAACCGAUCAUCGAUUAUUCCCGAUAUGUGAGGAGAUAUGCAUCCAGUCAGGAAUGCGGCAGUACGUAUUGCAAGGAACUGGGCUGCAGGGAGCACUUUCAUUGUCUGGACUGCAGCGGGAGAGUGUUUGUGAAGAAGGAGGAAAUGAUCAGGCACUUCAAGUGGCACAAGAAGAGGGACGAGUCCUUGCAGCACGGCUUCAUGAGGUACUCGCCGAUGGACGAUUGCUCGGAAAAGCACCCCGGCCGGGCCUGUCCGCACAAUAGAAAGCAGACCCACUAUCAUUGCAUCCACGAGAAUUGCGACAAGGUAUACAUAUCGACAUCGGACGUGCAGAUGCACGCGAAUUACCACCGCAAGGACUCGGCCAUCAUACAAGAGGGCUUCCAGCGAUUUCGGGCCACUGAGAGUUGCGCGACUGACUAUUGUCAAUUCGUUGGACAACGGACCACGCACUUUCACUGUCGUCGACCGGGAUGUCGGUUCACGUUCAAAAAUAAAGCCGAUAUGGACAAGCACAAGUCUUAUCACAUCAAGGACGAACAACUGUCGCGCGAUGGUUUCAAGAAGUUCAUGAAAUCGGAGGCCUGUCCCUUUGAUCAGUGCCGAUUUUCCCGUGUUUGCAAUCACAUUCAUUGCAUACGACCGCACUGUAGCUACGUUCUGCACUCUUCCGGCCAGCUCUUUUCGCACAAACGAAAACAUGAGCGUCAUGAAUCAGAACUGGCUUAUCGGAAGUACAAGCAGGUCACCGCCGUAGGUGGUGGCAUACGUCCACCUGGAUCAUGGGCGCCGGACGAAUUGAGCGCUCAAAGUUUAUCUCUAAGUCUGAACGGCGAGAGCUCGAACGAGGGCAGAGGUUCUCCGUCGUACUAUUCUUUGGAAGAUUCUUUCCAAAGUGCGAGUGACCUCGCAAUGGAUCUCACCGCUCCGACCACAACUAUUACGGCUAGCGGUAGCUCCGUUAAUCUCGAUCAGCAGCAACAUCAACAGUCUCAACAACUCACCGCCGCCGAAUUGGCCUAUCUGGUACCGGCGACCUCGGACUGCGUUUGUAACGCGGGAAGAGAACAUUAUCAUUGCGGAUUGGACCGCUGCGGAGCGGCCUUGAAAGAUCCCCGGGAAGUCAGGGAACAUCUGAAGGAACACGAGACCCAGGAACGCAUAACGGACGCUUUCUUCGAAGAGGGUGGCUGCGACGACAAUUGUCCGUACGCGGACAAAGAGAAGCAUUAUCAUUGCAAUUGGGACAACUGCCGAGAAGUGAUACUUUCCACCGACAAGCCGUUUCGCAGAUUGCAACAUUACAAGAUCCACGAGUACAGCCGACAAUUGAACCUCUCUUGUUCCUCGCACGCUCUCUCCUCCGACGUUACGUUGACCCAUCUAACGACUAUCGACGCAAUGUUCAGGCGGAAGCGAGGUAGACCACCUAAAAAUCGUGUGAUAGAAAUCUGGUCGGGCGGCGACCCCGCGACGCACACUCACGAUUCGCCGCAGGCGAUCUUCACGAGUUUUAAACUCCCGAAACCGCAAACUCCUAAUUUAACGUCUAACAUGCUAACAGAGGACCGAGAGGGUAGCGUGUCGCCUUCGAACAGUCUGGGCGAGCCCGAGGGAUUUGCUACGUACAACUCGGAAGGAUGCCCGGAUACGGCCUGCGUGCUUAGGUCAAUCAGGCACCAUCAUUGUUCGCAACUACGGUGCCACUUCUCUACCGAUCGGCCAGACCAAUUGCUCAUGCAUAGUAAAGAUUUCCACGACAACGUCGACAUACCGCCGGGUUUCGCCUUCUACGACAAGAUGGUCGACUGUCGACUGGCCGGCUGUCACAGCAAUCGCGUUAAUCGGCAUUUUCAUUGUACCAGACCGAACUGCGGAUACUCGUUCGUUAGAUACUCGACAAUGGCGUUGCACGAAAAGCAGCACUCUUCCGGUCACGCCGAAUCCUGCGGUCAGGAGUCGAGCAAUCAGGAAUGUCAAACGCAACUUCAAUCGUUGGUCCAGGAGACGAAACCUAGGAUCCAGGUGAAGAAUACCGCCGAGUUGAUCGAGAAACCCGACGAGAGUCUGACGGCAGCCGAUCAGGAGAGCAGGUCGAUGAUCGAGGACAAGGAAUCCGAGCUUGCGAGCCCCGACAGCGGCAAGACCACCGUGGUGAGGGCGGCUGGCACCUAUUAUCCGGUCAGCGGACCGCCGAGCGAACCCGCACUUCCGGGCGUCGUGCUAUCCAUGCGAACUUCCGUGCACCAAGAAUCGCCGGUCAUACCGUCUAUGAGCUCUACCUCGCCGCACACCUUGUACGGACCGGAGCAAAGUUGCAGCAGGCCGUUUUGCAAGCUGAAGCGCAAGAAUCAUUAUCACUGCAACGCAUGCAACCAGGCUUUCUCCGAGUUAGAUCGCUUGGUCGCGCAUAUAGCGAAGCACUCGACUGGCGCCAUUCUCAGCCAGCAGCAACACGACAUGGUCAGCCCGUCGCCUAAUCAGCUGCAGCACGAUUACAUCGCUCAGCUAUCGCAGAAACAUGACUUCAUGUCGCCAAACGCUCAGAUGGCGCAGAACAUUCAGAACUUUCAGAGCCAAAUGCAACGGCAGAUGCAGCAGACCCUCAACCAACAGUCUCAAUCUAAAGAAAUCAAGUUAGAAAAGAGAUGCAGCAUCGACAUCGGUGUACAAAAUGUCCCGAACGUGAAGCGGGAACCGUCUGAAAUUACAUGUAGGGACGAAGGCAACAAUACUGUGAUAGAUAAUCACGAAAACGGUCAAUUGGCGCAACCACCAAUUCAGUCUGCUAAUGUACAGCAGCCUUCGAUACCGACAAGCUUCGAGCUCGAUCUCACCCAUGGCUUCCACUUUCCGAGUCCUGCUGUGAUGGCGGCGAUGAAUCAACAGAUCGCUCUAAUGAAUCAGGCUCUACCGCCCUUUCUUCAACACGGUGGAAUGUAUGCCGGUGGACCUGGACUUAUGUUCGCACCCGGUUUACCACCGACCAAUUUUCUUCCACCCGCGAGAGAUGAGAAUCCCUUAGCCUCGCUGGCAGCUAAUUUAAAUCUUAACAAAAGAUCUCUCUCACCGCCAGACUCUAAUUCGCCAGAAGCCAAGAAGCAGAGACUUCAUCAUUCAAUGCGUAUGCUGAAGGACGAGCCUGUGCCGGAGGGAUAUGUCAGAUUCAGAUUCAACGAGGACUGCAGGUACCCUCAUUGCGGCUACAGAGAGCAUCAGACUCACUUCCACUGCAUGCGUCAAGAUUGUGGCUAUUCGUUCUGCGACAAAACUCGCUUCGUGCAGCACACUGCGAGGCACGAGCGGCUGGAUACCUUGAUGGGGGGUGAUUUCCAGCAGUAUCGAGCCAACGUGCCAUGCGGCAGGGCUCAAUGCGCGUACACGACGUCCCUCGGGUCGAUGCAGAACAAGGCGUCGCAUUUUCACUGUUUGAAGUGCGACUUUGUCUGCACAGACACGAAUAAGGUGGUCGCUCAUCGGCGGCAACACGCCAAGCUGGACAGUAUCGCAGCGGCGGGUUUCCAGAAAUUUACGCCCAGUCAACCGUGCGGAGCUAUGCAGUGUCAACACUCUGGCAAGCAGACGCAUUAUCAUUGUCUGCAGUGCCAGUAUGCAGUGUUGGGUCUGGCGCAGAUGUCAGCGCACAAGUACCGACACAUGGACUCCUAACGAUCUCCCGUACAAGUCCUGCACGUGUCAGGAUGCCCGAAUAAAGCAUUACCUUGGUCCCUGUAGACAUUCCCUAGAGAAUGGCGUUGCCAUCUUCUCCCGACUAGGCGGAAAAUCGAGCGGAACCGGUAGAGGACUAGUCAACGACUUUGUCGCAACUCGAUGCCCACCGUCGAUUAUUGCCGCGUAAAAGAAAGUCUAAACGAUCGUCCGCGAAAUUCCGGAAGACGCCUGUUAAAAGACAAAUUCCUAGUCCCUAUAGACAUUCCCCGAAAGAACACUCGAGUGCCUCGAUCGUUCAUGAUCGAGCAACGUUCCUGGUAAUAUGGAUGAUCAGUAGCAAACGGUAGGGGGCUAGUCAAUAACGUUUAUCUUCAGAAUGAAUACUAUUAGGUCGAGAUCUUCGAAUCAAGAUACGUUCGGUAUCUGUGGCUACGUCGAGAGAACGUUUAGACGAUUCGGUCUCUUCGUACAUAAAGUCUAAUCACUAAGGUGAACCGACGAAGAAUCGAGAAAACGAUUUCAUCGUCGAGCAAUCUUUGCAGACUCUAGAAACGCUUCCACAUGUGAGGAAGAGGGAACUUUGACGUAUGGGAUAAAUUCAAGUGAGAAUUACAAGGUAGUCGAAUCUCUAAGUAUAAUCCUUCCGGACCAUGACUCUCGGGAACCGGGAACGAGAACGAGGGACGCGAGAAUCUGGCGUAGCGCUAAGACAAUAAUACGAAGACAAGUCUAUAUAAUAAUAGCUUUAGCAUGAAAAAAAAGACAAACUAUAAUAUUUAAUAGGUGAAAAACGGAACCUUGUACAUUUUUCCCUUUAUUAGUGUCAUCCUAUGUACCCUCCGCGUGAAGUCCUUACGACGAUCUAGAUCCUAGAAUAGUUUAAUACAUUGUCCGUAAAAAAAAAAUGAAGACAGUAAUACGAAGUGGCAAAUCGGCAACGCGACAAUUUGAUUGCAUAUUCUUUAUGCAUUGCGAGAUAGUAGGAAUUAAUGCGACGAUUAUAUCUUUCGCUUUGGCACUGGAGAAGUGAGGGAAAGAUAUUUUCCUAUCGUCUAGACUGCGAAAUUAAAAAUGCCUAUUGCGUUAUGUCGGCGGUAUUAGCGUUCCUAUUGCGCAAUCGAUAGCAAGAGUCGAUGACGAGAUUCAAUAAUGGCCACCACAACGUGAGAGUGUACUCUUUAAUCAUUUUUUAUAUUCAUUGUACAAAUUUUCAAAACAGUCGCUUCGUAUGGGUUUCUCUAUUAGUAAUCGCAAAUUAUUUAUUUAAUUAAUUCGUAUAUUGGAGAGUUGAUUGUGCAAUGAUGAUCCGUUAUAACUUCAAUACAUCAAAUGGCAAAAUAGAAAGAAACGCAUUUCGUGCUGAAUUACGUUUUGGAGGAUAUGCGAUGAAUAUUAGCAGAUGAAUAUUGAUACAUUGAAAUUUAAUUUGAAAGACUGCAAGCCGGAACAUAAGGACGGAGGAUAGAAUGAAGAAUGAGCGAUGGUCGUUGAACGAUCAGGUUAGAAGACAUGAAAAUUAAGAGUUUGAAGAGAUAAAAGUUAUAUAUGCGCGAAAAAGAAGAAAGAAAAGAUAUAUUCGAAGCAUGUUCUAAAAGAAAAACGGUCGCUGAUCGACAUAAUGCAAAGCUGUUUAAUAUAUGUGUGUAUUGUAUAUAUUUAUUGUGAUUGGUAUGAAUCGUUCAUGAAAGGAAGAGAUUUCUCGCUUCUUCUAUUCCUAAAGCACGCUCAACGAUGAUACGAUUCCAUUUUCAUUCAAUAAGUUUAUUUUCUCGCGCGUAAUUUCGCUAUACAUUUCUUAUCACAUAGGAGCAUCUUUGCUCCUUUUCGUUUGUAAAAGCAACCAAGAAGAGUGAUUUUUUGCAUCAAUCUGGUUUAUCUUUUAUCUUUGAGAUACGGUUCGUUUGCACAGAGAGUGAUAAUAAUACCGGAUAAACGAUAAGGAGAGUAUUCGGAGAGUUUAACACGUAGUUCUCGCGUGGAGACCAGAAGAGACACAUGCAUAUCUUCUCGGCGGAUAAUUAAACGUAAUACGCAGAAAAUAUUAUGCGACUGCUCGGCGAGAGAUGCCCUGGGGUGCCUUUAGGAUCUUUUCCGAACUUUUGUAGGGCCGUGCCUUAGCAAUUUAACGUACAACGAUACGUAGGAGGCUAUUUGUUCUACAUAGCAGCAGAACCGAAUCGAUAGUUAGAUCACACAGUUAGGCAACUACAUCUUAUUUGUACCUAUGAUCGAAUUUCGAAGCAGAAUAUCGCGAUUGCAAUUAAUAUUUACAUAAACGGAUUAAAUAAAGAAGUCUAAUUUUGAUAGAUAAUUGAUUCUGAAAAUAAUAAUUUCCUACUCCACUUGUUGAUGUCGAUAAUUAUAUUGUGUGGUACUUCUAGAUUAAAUUCUUUCCUGAAUUAUUUUAUUCGACUGGCCGAGAAACGAUCAUAGAUUCACUAGUAAACAGAAGACGCUAGUGCCUUAAAGAUACAUCAACUAGAUGAAACGCCGCAGAGUAUAGUCGCCGAUAUUUAAAUUACCAUUUUCUAACGUUUUUACAUUUUUUAUGAAAUAUUUAUAUUUUAUGUUUCAAUUUAAUCUGUACAAAUACAAUCGCCGAGAACUUUCUUGAUUUUUUAUAUGCAAAAUUUUAUCUUAGAGAAAGGAACAUUUUGCAAAAGAUUUUUUAGAUAUGCACUCAACAUUUUACUUAACAAUUUAUUGGUACGAAACCUGUUUCUAUAUGCUGUAAUUAAUAUUUUCGAUAAAAAUGUUAAAUAUUUUACAAUGUUGCAUCAGCAGCAAAAGAACGUUUUGAACGUUAUCCUUUGAAUAUAUCAUGAAAAAUGUAACAAUUUGUGAUGUCAUCGGAACCCGAAUGUGUCUGCUCCCAAUUAAGAUAUCGCCCCGACUCUGUUUUUUAUCGUAUUAAAUGGUUAGUAAACAAUCCAUGCCCUAAUUUAUAUUGUAGACAUUGGUCGACCAUGAAAUCAAAAUCACAAAAAGAUAUCGUUUCCACGAAUGUAUGCGUUGUUACGAUCAAAGUUCAUCCAGUAAAAGUACAUAGAAAUAAUUUCUUAAAUACAACAAUAUCUUAUAAAGAUCUUACAUAUCAAAAGUAUUGUAAUAAAAAAUCGUAUUUUAUUGCCGGAAAUAUGUUUGGUUUCAACAAAAUAAUAUCAAUUAUAUAGCGGUAAUAGCUGUGAAAUAUAUAAUUAUAAAAUGUUUUUUAUGAAAAUGAGCCGUGAUAAAAAAUGGCAACAUUGCUUAUCUUAAUUUAAAGUCUCAUCCGUACAACCCGUAGUUAUAAAAAAGUUUAUGAAAAAUUAAAAUUUCAUAUUUGAAAAGUUAUUUUUCACAUCACGAUUUUUCACUUCACAGUACUAAAUCUAUAAACAGUCAAGCGAGACGGAUCGAUCGCGGUGUUUGUAGGAGGCCCGAUUACAUUUCGGUUGAUCAAGCUGAUCCCUCGAAAAUGCACCGAGGAUCUCAAUGUUCUAAUAGUUUUCCUGAAAUAUUACAAUAGUAGCAUUCCAUAGCAAGUCGAUAGUCAUCGAUCCUGUCCACGCCGACGGUGCGUCGUCCUUACGCGGCAGUUUAAAAAUCGCGAAGAAAGUUCGUCGUUCUCGCGGUAUCGCGUGUCGUAUCAGCGAUGUAACGCGAUAUCGAAGCGGAUACCAAUCUCAGAAGCAGAAGAAGAAAACGAAAAGGUAUCGUUGUCAGAACCGAAGAUAUCGUUCGCAUCGUGAACGUGGAGAGGCUAGAGUCCAGCCAUUAAACAAGUGCCAUAAAACCACGCUAUAAAAGUCCAAGUACUGUUUUACUAUUUUAAGUCGAGAGACACUUGCGCGGGACUAUGGAAGAUUCAGCAUGUGGUCGAUAGACAAAUCUGUAUAAUAUUUAUUUAGUGUUUAGAGUCGAUAGGAAUGCGUACGAAAAAGAAAAGAGAGCGAACAGGAAAUAAUGGGAGUAAUCGAAUGAGAAUGAGCAAUUUGUCUGCAUGGAACGUAAUUGCGAGAGGUGAAUUCUGAUUGGGUGUUGAGCGACAAAGAGAAAGAGAGAAUUGCUAACAAUGAUGUAUGGUGGUUGCCUUAUAAAUAUGGAGAACCUUUAUUAUAUAUAUAAUAUAUAUAUAUAAUUUAUAAAGAUUAUUAUAUAUAUUAUUAUAUAAUAUGAGAUAGACAUAUGUAAUAACGUGGUCAUUGUUCGAAAACGACAACGCAAGCAAGACGAAAGUGAAGCGAAACAGUAUACCACUAGAGCGUAUUAAUAUUCGAGAAAAGCUAGAGAGAUUCUAUCGUAUGGUCGUUAGUGCUAAAAUAUCCGCUGUAUGGAUCUAAGAGAGAUGAAGCUAUUAUAUAAUUUUAUCUAUUAUUAUAUUAUUAUUAAUAUUAUUACUGGUUAAUUUUGCCUGUCACGCUCGCCUUGUAGCCUUCGAAUCUACACGACGAGCAUGCGGUCAUUAUUCUAUGUAUUAUUCUCUAUUAUUAUUUUUAUUAUUUGAAGUUUCGCCUAUCAGAUUCACCUUGUAGCUUUCGAACCUACAAGGCGGAUGUGUGGGUCCUAUUAUUAUUAUUAUUAUAUUAAUGAUUAUGGAACCACAUCGUAUGUAGCUGUGAUUUUGCUUUCAAAAAGUAAAAAUUAAAAAUAUUUAUAGCAACUGAGA